ACGCGUUAACACCGAAACCAGGAAGUGAGUGUUUUUGUUUUUUUGGGAAGGUAUGAGCGACUUUUCAGGUGGACCCGGUGAGAUGUAGUGGUUCGGACAGUCCAGACAGAACCAUGGAGGUUUGUUUUCUGCGCGGUCUCCUCUUCCUGGCCCUGACAGCUUGGACGUUAGCAGACGAUGGACAGGUGACCUUUGUAUCUGAGCUUUCGUCAAAGCCGGCUCAGAAGCUGUCGAAGUACGGCUGGUACGCCAACGUCAGGCUGCAGAGGUUCCAGAUGCCCGAGGAGACCGCCGUCGCUCGCUGGUUGUUCUCUGUGAAGAAAGGCCACACCUUCAACUGUGGACAACACAACGUCACCAUACAUCUGCGAUGGGGUGCCCCUCCAGUCGUAAACCCAACAGGCUCGGUGUUUCCCAACGCAACACUCUGGAGCCCCAGUUUCUCUCUGAUUCUCCCAGUGACCUCACAGAGCUCCACAACCUUUAACCUCUCAGACCCGGCUCCGGGUGUUUGGUUCGUCGCAGCUCACUUACCUGAAGAUGACCGACGCAUCGAACAAAAGGGGUUUCCUUCCUGCUCGUAUUUCUUCCAGCCUCAGCUGUCAAUCAGGAGGGCGGUGGACACGCCUGUUUUACAACAGGCCACACCUUUAACACAGACCGCAGCUCCUGACACACCUGCACGCCUUAAGUUGUACGUUCCAGAGUUUGCCUCAUUGCUUUCCAUCUCAGUGACUGGCUGCUCGUCAGGAGAGGCAGCAGAGGUCAGAAACUGCUCGCUGCUCCUCACACUGGGCUCUGCGUCUCUGCAGCAAGGCGCCACCACAGUGAACUGCUCAGGAACCAGCUGCUCUGUGUCCCUCUCCAGCCCCCCGUGGGACACCUGGUUACGAGUCGUGGUGGAGAGCAGCCAGGUCAACCGAACCGUGACCUUUACCGUUGUCUCCAACUGCACAGUGGGAUGUAAACCUAAAAGUGUCGGCCUUAAAGCUGAUGAUGACAUAGCGAAGCUGCGAGGUGGCAGCAGCAACUCGUCGUCAGCAGGAAACGUCUCGCUGGCUUCAGUUUUUAGUAACAAGUCGGCGUGUGUGUGGAGCGUCCCCGUGCUCUACGAGGAGCUAGACGUUCUCUCGCUGCGUUUCACGCCCGUCAGCGGACCCAACGUCAGCGUCACGGACAUGCACCCCACGCUCCUGUCCUACCCGCUGCCGCCGCACGCCACCGGGGGGACGCUCAACCUGCAGCUCACACUCAACUCUACUAAUGCCACCAUGGGGAACAGCAGUGCUGUGGUUGCCUGUUUUUCUCCCUGGGCUCCAAUUCUCAACCUGAAACAAGCUCGACCCUGUCACACAGCUCUGUUUGUAGGAUACAGUGUUGGUGUGAACGUCAGUGUUCCUAAAACUGUGAUCAGGCUGCCUUUUCCUCAGUCCACAACAUGGUACCUCACUCUGCAGCUCACCUGCAACAGCAGUAACUGUGGAAACACGUCGGUGGUGUCUGUGGUCCCAGAGGUCUUCAUCAGUGCCUGCGUGGAGGACUGCGGUCCAUACGGUGAAUGUAGACUGCUGAGGUCCUACAGCUACCUGUACGCUGCCUGCGUCUGCUCAGCCGGCUGGAAGGGCUGGGGCUGCACCGACGGCUCCACGGCUCAGUCUUUGCUCCGUCAGGUGGGGGCGACCCUGCUGCUGACGCUCAGCAACCUGUCCUUCCUGCCCGCCAUCGUGGUGGCCAUGAAACGUGGCUACGUGACCGAGGCCUCCGUCUACGCCUUCACCAUGUUCUUCUCUACAUUCUACCACGCGUGCGACCAGCCCGGUGUAGCGGUGCUGUGCAUCAUGGACUACGACGCCCUGCAGUAUUGUGACUUCCUGGGGUCAGUGUGUGCCAUCUGGGUCACCAUCCUGUGCAUGGCUCGCCUCAGACACACCUUUAAAUACACUCUGUUCAUGCUCGGAGCCUUGCUGAUAGCCAUGUCUAUGCAGCUGGACCGAAAGGGUCUGUGGAACCUGCUGGGCCCUGUCCUCUGUGCCAUCCUGCUCAUGGUCAUCACCUGGGUGUACAGAGGGGUCCGUCGACGACACUGCUAUCCCCCCUCCUGGCAGCGCUGGGUCUUCUUCCUGCUCCCCGGAGUGCUCUGCGCCCUCGUCGGGGUCUGCUUGUACAUUUUCGCCGAGACGGAGGACAACUACUACUACACGCACUCCAUCUGGCACAUCCUGGUGGCCAGCUGCGUGGUCUUCCUGCUGCCGCCCAAGGAGACGUUUGCUGAGGAGCUGAGCUGGAGCCGGGGCUUCAGCUGGAGCUGGAGCUGGAGCUGGAGUCCUCGGGUCUGUGGGUAUACGCUCUGUCAGAACAACAAGGAUGAGCUCUACACAGUCACAUAGCAGAGCAGGACCUUCUGUAACACAGACUGUACACAGCAGACCUUCACGAACACCGCUGGGUGGAACAUGUUCAACAUGUGACUCUUCAAAGCUUUUAAUGUUAUAAAUGAUACUUCAUUUUAUUAGUUUUAUUCUCACAGAUCUUCAGGUUUCAUGUUCGCAUCAUGUGGGAAACAGUAGAACACUUCCACACUUAUUAAAAAGCGCUGAUUUGCACAGUUUUUGAUGAGAUCAGAAAACAUUUUUUAAUAGAGUUAUCUCUGUGAACUUCAGAUAAAUGAGAAAUUCUCUGAGCA